GGUCCUCCCGGAACUGGAAAGACAUUGCUGGCGAGGGCGGUUGCUUCCCAGUUGGAUUGCAACUUCUUAAAAGUCGUAUCAUCCGCCAUUGUUGACAAAUACAUUGGUGAAUCUGCAAGAAUGAUUCGUGAAAUGUUCAAUUAUGCGCGUGAUCAUCAGCCAUGCAUAGUUUUCAUGGACGAAAUUGAUGCUAUAGGUGGUCGCCGAUUCUCCGAAGGAACGUCAGCCGAUCGUGAAAUCCAAAGAACUUUGAUGGAGUUGCUCAACCAACUUGAUGGAUUCGAUUCAUUGGGUAAAGUAAAGGUCAUCAUGGCUACCAACCGUCCUGACACGCUCGAUCCCGCUCUACUUCGUCCGGGUCGUCUUGAUCGCAAAGUAGAAAUUCCCUUACCAAACGAACAGGCUCGGUUAGAGGUCUUGAAAAUUCAUGCUAAUCCCAUUACCAAGCACGGUGAUAUAGAUUACGAAGCAGUAGUCAAGCUCUCUGAUGGUUUCUCUUGUGCAGAUUUGCGUAAUGUGUGCACGGAAGCUGGUGUGUUUCUUUUAUUCUACGAUGGUCUAAGAUACAUCUAUUUGUAUUGCUAUUAUUAUCCAGGUCUCUAUGCAAUCAGAGCCGAGCGUGAGUAUGUAAUUGAAGAAGAUUUCAUGAAGGCUGUGGGUGAUGCGAAGAGGCUGGAAACGAAACUGGAUUACAAACCUGUCUAA